AUGGCGAUGAUUGACACCUAUAGUUUGAAGCAAAAUAAUUGGUUUUUGGGAUUAUAUGAGAAUAUAGCGUGUUGGGUGCCUUGUCUUUUGAAAAAAACUUUUUGGGCAGGAAUGUCAACAACACAGAGAAGCGAGAGUAUGAAUGCGUUCUUCGAUGGAUAUGUGCAUUCGAAGACAUCGUUGAAGCAAUUCGUCGAACAGUACAAAAGUGCUCUCAGGAAUAAGGUCGAGAAGGAAUUUCAAGCUGAUUUCAAGUCGUUCUCUCAAAUGAUACCGUGUGCAACAAAGUUCGAAAUGGAAGAACAGUUUCGGUCAGUUUACACCAUAUUGAAAUUUCGGGAAGUUCAAGAAGAGUUCACGGGUAAGGUCUACUGUAACAUCAUAUCUACGUCAGAAGGAUAUUCUGAGACGACGUAUAAUGUAUGGGAGACUAUUAUGUAUGAUGGUCGUUGCAAGAGAAAAAAUUGUGUCGUCUCAUUUGUGAGAAAUAAUUGUGAAGUUUUUUGUAGCUGCUACUUAUUUGAGUCGAGGGAAAUACUUUGUAGGCAUGCAAUAGCAGUUCUGGACUGGAACGAUGUCACAUGUAUUCCAGAUCGUUAUAUUUUGCGGAGAUGGAGGAGGGACGUUCGUAGAGCACACACGAGAGUUCCAGUAAACUAUGCUAGGUUAGAGACUACUCCUACACAAUUAAGAUAUGAAGAGAUGUCGAAGGAGUUUGCACAGGUGGCAGACCUUGUUGCAAACGACGAAAUGCGGUCACGUGCGAUAAUAGAGUGGAUAAAAUCACAAUGUGAAGAUAUGAUGACCACAAGAUCUGGUGGUGGUAGUAAUCCCAGCAGGUGUCCAAUGAUUUCUAGCGGGACAUCAUCCACUACUAUGCGACCAAGAAAUAGCAAUACGAAUAUGGUGGAUGACGCAAUGAACUUUCAGUUGCCUCAACAAUAUUCCAUGCCGACCCCGACGUCGUACUUGCCCAAUGACAUGUUGACACCAUUAUCUUUGUCACAACUGUCCAUGCCCACACCAUUCUCCCUUUCCCAACAUGUCAACCAUCAACGAACUACUAUCGAAAUUUAUUGGAUCACAGUGGCAGCCUAUAGCAAGGGGGCUAUGUUCAAAUUAAGUGUGAUUUGA